AAAAUCGCAAAUAUGAUGGGCGUGUUAGGUGCAUUCGGUGUUAGCGCUUUAUUGCAUGAAUAUCUAAUCAUUGGUCAACUUGAUAUUUGGACAGGUGAACACCUCUUUUUCUUUAUGAUUCACGGUGUUAUUUUCAUCUUGUGGGAGGCUAUUUUCGGUCGUGAAAAUCAAAAUGAGAUUUCUAAAAUCAAAAGGAUUUUAAAAUGGUUCUUAUUGUUGAUUAUUUAUUUGUCUGUUUUACCAGCAUUCAUUGAACCUUCUGGAAGACGACCUGAUAUAUGUGAAAUUCCUUCAUUUUUUGCUAAAUAUUAUAAACUAAAUUAA